CACAAAUGCUUUUUCCAAUCGUGUUCAGCAUUUAACUGGCUUCACCUUUGACGGCGGGACCAAGGCUUCAAUCCUUUCUACGCGUCUGAAUUACAAUCAGCACACCAAAUCAAUUCAGAUAUUAAAGUUUCAAUAAUUCAAGUGGGAUUCUCUUAUUCGAGAUUUUGUAGCUAGAUGUCUAAUAACUAUGAUAACUGGGAAAGACUUGUGGAAGUUGUUCUCCGUAGAGAACAAUUCAAGCAACUAGCUUUAAUUUCCUCGAGCGAACCAAGUUUCAGCUCCACAUCCUCUAGUACAUCUGGGUGGAAUACUCCGAUUUGUGAUGAUCUGAAUGUUCAACUGGCAUCUUCUUCAAGUACCGUAAAUGAAACGGAUUGGGAAAGAUUGUUGCCACCUGAUUAUGAGGACAUCAUCUCCAGAUCUGUGAAUCCUGUGGACUAUGCAACCAAGGAAGAUCUGUAUACGAGUCUUUGUAGCUCUCCUAUUUUACUUGAUGGAGGCAAAAUGAGCUUUCAUAUUGAUAAAACAACUGGGAAGAAAUGUUAUAUGAUUGGACCAGUGGAAAUUUCUAGUGGCAGCAUCCUCAUGGUCGUUGUUAUGUUAUAUGGCUGGAGAUUGACACCACACGCAGACUCCAGAUUCUCAACGGUGGUAGAACAAAGACAUGUUUUGCACCUCGACAUCUGGGGGAAGAUAGAAACACAAAUGUUGUCCCCGAAGACUCAUUAUGCAGCUUAUCUCGUAUAUAGAUUAGAUAUGUCUUACAUGGAAAAUCGACCGGCUAAAGGGAUUAUCAAGUUUGAAAAUCUUGAUGAAGAUCAUGAUGCAGAAAGGAGAGCUACUGCUUUGCACCUUCAACCAGGGUUGGUGGGUAAAAGUCUGCAGACUGCAGUGAGUAGACCAGACGGAUGGAUGGAAGUACAAUUGGGAAUGUUUUAUAAUGAUGUAGGAGACAAUGGCCCGGUGGAGGCACGGCUGUUGGGUUCCUUUGAGCGAUUGAUUAAUUACCUCGUUAUUGAAGGAAUUGAGUUUCGGCCUGCUUCAAUUGCGGAGAAAGAGCUCGGUGCAGAAGAAAAUGUGAGAAACCGAAGAAAUGGGAUCUUUUCAAAAUUAAGGAUUUCUGGAUAAUAUAGAAAUAAAUUUUCUGGCU